AAGGCGAGGUGGCUCCGCUCCCAGAAAGACGGCCGGGGACUGCUUUCUGACAGUGAGCUCGAAGGCAUCCGUACAGAGGGCGGAUGAGACCGGAACGGUUCUUUGGGUCGGUAGCUGCUGGGUCCCCUGAGGUGGCCCCUUUCAGACGCGUGCCGCGAGCGUGAGAAAUUCCUCAGCUGCUGCUGUGAAGAGGAAGAUGACGAGGAAGAGCCACCGCCUCCGCCAGAUCCACCGCCCCGGGCCGAGUGAGGAGGCCGUCGCCGCGGAUAGGGUAACAGCCCGCCGCCGCUACUGCUGCUGCUGCUCCGGCUCCGUAUCUGGCUGUUGUUAUCGUCGUCACUGAUUUCCCCAUCUUCAAGCUCCCCUUCUUCCUUCGGCGAGAGGCCACUGGAGGCCGGGGCCGGAGUAUCUGCGGUCGCCAUCCGGGGAGCAGCGCCUUCCACACAACCUUAGCCCUCCGUCCGGGGAUCCGCCCGACAAUUGCCUCGUUUCCCUUCUUUCCUAACGGACCGGGUCGGUGCGGUCUUACCCUACUCGGACACCUAGCGGCCUCUGCUCCCCAACUUCCCCGCACCCCAGCUCUCUCUCGCCGGACCGUCGCAACCCAGUUCCCUUUCCUAGCGCCCCCUUGCUCCUCAGCGAUCGGGGUUCUUCCGCCUCGCGAGAAAGGGACUCUGGUAGCGGCUGUACCCGAGACGUCACUUCCUGCGACACGCAGGAAACAAAGGCUCCUAGUUCACGCGAUAAUAAGACCAACUCGAUACUCACUAGGAUUUGUAGUCUUUCGUCUUUCUUCGGGUUUACUCUUCCGGCCUAGCGUCACACCCACCGCAGGAUCUGGCUUGGCACAGCUGGGUGCAUGCAGAAGUAGGCGGAGCUGCUGUUAGUUGCAGCCUUGAGAGAGUUUUAUUGUAAAACUCUUGUAAUUUACAGUAAUCGGAGGGAAAACACCUCUUCCUUUUAAUUGCUCUGAGGACUCCUGCCAAAGAAACGCAGUAGAUCCGCUCCCUCUUGGGGGCGGGGAGAAAGAACGGGUUGUGUCCGCCAUGUUGGUGAAGUCAAGCGAAGGCGACUAGAGCUCCAGGAGGGCCAGUUCUGUGGGCUCUAGUCGGCCAUAUUAAUAAAGAGAAAGGGAAGGCUGACCGUCCCUCGCCUCCGCCCCCACAUACACACCCCUUCUUCCCACUCCGCUCUCACGACUAAGCUCUCACGAUUAAGGCACGCCUGCCUCGAUUGUCCAGCCUCUGCCAGAAGAAAGCUUAGCAGCCAGCGCCUCAGUAGAGACCUAAGGGCGCUGAAUGAGUGGGAAAGGGAAAUGCCGACCAAUUGCGCCGCGGCGGGCUGUGCCACUACCUACAACAAGCACAUUAACAUCAGCUUCCACAGGUUUCCUUUGGAUCCUAAAAGAAGAAAAGAAUGGGUUCGCCUGGUUAGGCGCAAAAAUUUUGUGCCAGGAAAACACACUUUUCUUUGUUCAAAGCACUUUGAAGCCUCCUGUUUUGACCUAACAGGACAAACUCGACGACUUAAAAUGGAUGCUGUUCCAACCAUUUUUGAUUUUUGUACCCAUAUAAAGUCUGUGAAACUCAAGUCAAGGAAUCUUUUGAAGAAAAACAACAGUUGUUCCCCAGCUGGACCAUCUAAUUUAAAAUCAAACAUUAGUAGUCAGCAAGUACUACUUGAACACAGCUAUGCCUUUAGGAAUCCUAUGGAGGCAAAAAAGAGGAUCAUUAAACUGGAAAAAGAAAUAGCAAGCUUAAGAAGAAAAAUGAAAACUUGCCUACAAAAGGAACGCAGAGCAACUCGAAGAUGGAUCAAAGCCACGUGUUUGGUAAAGAAUUUAGAAGCGAAUAGUGUGUUACCUAAAGGUACAUCAGAACACAUGUUACCAACUGCCUUAAGCAGUCUUCCUUUGGAAGAUUUUAAGAUCCUUGAACAAGAUCAACAAGAUAAAACAAUGCCAAGUCUAAAUCUAAAACAGACCAACAGUACCUUCAUUUAAAUUUAGCUUGCGCAGAGCUUGAUGCCUAUCCUUCAUUCUUUUCAGAAGUAAAGAUAAUUAUGGCACUUAUGCCAAAAUUCAUUAUUUAAUAAAGUUUUACUUGAAGUAACAUUACUGCAUAAUUUGUGAAGACUUGAUUACAAAAGAAUAAAAAACUUUCUAUGGAAAUUUUAUUUGAAAAUGAGGAAGUGCCUUACAUUAGAAUUAUGAACUUAAAAAUUUUGCUAAUAAAUUGUAUGUUUGAAAGGUGUUUUUUGUUUUUGUCUUUUUAAACUACUGUUAAAAGAACAGCUUAUGAUAAGUAAUAUGUUUAACUUACAUUAGAGAAGAAUUUUUUCCUGUACCAAAGUUGGCAUAUUGCAUUCUAAAUAAGAUGCUAAAUAAGAGUUAACCAACAUUUAACAUGACCUUAAAACUGCUGGGUUUUGUAUUAAUUAGAUUAUAAUUGGCACUGUGAUUUGAAAAAUUUAUAGAAAAAAAGGUACAGGGCGAGUUUUUAAAUUAAAACUUUCUAUAUUUUGUUUUACCAGUAAAAGUGAGCUUAUCAUGGCCUCUCUCAUAAGAAUAUUAGAUUUUAAAAUAGGUUGUAAAAUAUUUUGAAAAUAUUUGAAUGUGAAGUACCAUUGAGUCAUCCAAACUAGGUAAGGCCUCAAGUACUUUAAACUAGUAAAAUCUAGUAGCUGAUAAUAUUCACCUAAGUAAGUGUUGCAAAAUAAUUCAGAGUUCAGGACCUAGCUUAGAUAAAUGUAUACUACUCUUUUUCUCAUAAUAAAAAUCUUACAUUUCCAACUUCAAAAUUGGUGCUUCCAUAUUUGUUGAUAACCAAAACUCCUAAGGUUUUUUGUUUUCUUUUUAACUACUUUCCAAAUGCAUGCUAUACCUCAGAAAUAGUAUAUCAAUAUAGUGGGCUUUUUUUUUUCCUCUUCAUAAACCCACAGUAAAAUUUAAUCACAGGAAACUA